UUGGUACAACGGUCACACGAUUGGGCUCUGAUCUUUGCUGUCGACAUUGUACAAAGGGUCGACUUCUCCACCAAAUCGCGACCAUCUCGAGCCUCUCUCUCUCUCUCUCUCCCACCAGCCUGGCGCUCGUGGACUUAUCCGUAUUAUCUUCUUAGCCUUCCUCUUUUAUAUCCCUUUUUCUAUCCUUUUAUCCUUCUUUCUCCUCCCUCCUUCGUUCCUCCCUCCCACACAUCCUAGACGAAUUUCUGUGGGCUGGUACCCAUUUUUCGGAGGUCAUCUGACGAUCCACGAAGCCGACGGACCACUGAAAGCACUUUUGGCUCCCAAUUCGGCUCUCUCCAGGAGCUUGCAACACUAUGACAACCGUCCUCGUCCCUAUCGGCCUCACUAGCGUCCUACUCAACGAUACGCUACACACCAAAGAGGCCAACAUGACGAUGGUUCAAGAGCCAGAAAUGCUGCGACCCACCAGUCCCGCCAUUGCCUCGGCCAUGAGGGUGCCGUCUGUUGAUGCCGAGGAAGACAGUGCGGAGUCCAACAGCAGCGGAAGCUCCAGCGAUGAGGAGGAAGCGGCGCCAACUUUCGAAGUGUCCUUGGACGAGGACGUAGAUGGCUCCUUUUCGCCGCGCUCUCCUCGACGAUCAUCGGAGCCGCCCAUGCCUGCGGAAUUCAGCAUCACCCACUCCAAGCUCGAAGAAACGCUCUCCGGACGCAAAACUGGCGGUCAUUGGUCAGAAAGCUCGAGUGCGCACGAAGACGGAGCAGUCAAGCUCCCGCUCAGCGCAAGGUCUUCUCGAAGUCCAAGCGUUGCUCUGAGGCAUGAAGCCGCCUUGAGAAGCUUUAACAUCCGUCGCUUGGUAAGCAACACUACCCCAUCAACAGCCGAGCCAAGCUCUGCUCCCGCAACUGUCGCGGAUCUCAAGGGCUAUUCCGAAGACGGCAGCGAAGAAGGUGAAAAUGAUCGGGAUGUAAGGGCUUAUCUGGACACUGUGGAGCAGCGCGGUACGGCAGUCUUUGGCGAGAUAGAAAAGGAGGAUGAGGACGAGGAUGCCAAAUUCUUGCCGCCUCGCAUCGAGAUCGAGCAGGAUUGGAACAGCGACGAUGAUGACGAGGACGUUGACACCCACCCAACACCGGCCAGCAAUGCGCAGCAGGACGCAAGUCAGCGAGUACGCAAGCAGGCCUCUAUUCGAAUGCUCAAUACCUUGGGCCGAACACCUCCCACCAAUUUGGCUACUGCUACACCGUCCACGGCUACUUCCACGAGCUCCUCUGGCUCACAAACGCUUCCCAAGCCGGUCGGCCUUGCAGCUCGCCGCUCUCACCAUCGUCUCCCUUCACUGGAUCAGAUCGGCUCGCGAUCUUCUGUGGCAAAGGUUGGUACACCUCUGCCUUUCAACAAGACCCCAAUGCCCCAGACACCGGGUACCGCGAGCUUGCACCAGCGAGCUGUAAGCUGUCCCACCAAUGGGAUCGGGUCAAUGUCACGAAAAAAAUAUGGUUCUGUUCAGGUGUUCAUCACCCCUCCUACGCCCCGCCCUGCCGGCAGCGGCCCAGCUGCCGUGCCUAACGUAGUGCUGGCGAGAAGCAGCGGCAACAUUCUGCUCAGCCCUCGCUCACCACACAAGUCAGCAGUGGACGCCUUGCUCACGCCACCGCCAUUCGAGCUAGCGCCGGGGCGCAAACGCAUGGAGGAAGAACAAGCGAAAGCGGCUGCGUUGCAGAUGUGGCAAAUGUGGCAAGCUCAAGCGGCGUCCAUUGCCGCGGCUAGUGCAAGCGAGCAGCACGCCAUGGCAUACCAAGCAGCCACAAACCCUUGGAUGCGGCAAGUACAGCAGUGGGCGGCUGCUGUGACAGGCUCUCCGUCGAUGAGCGCUAUUGGAAGUCCUGGUUUGCAUAGCCCCGGUACACCUGCAUUGAAGGUGGAAGCUGGCUCUACGCCUAGCUUGCCCCUGCCACGCCACCCCCGCAAAAGCUCUCACACUCGCUCAUCUCAGCAAUCAUCGCCGUCGUCCUUUUUGCCCUCGGUCAACUCCACGCCAUCGAGCGCCUCUUCCUCCAGCAUUUCGAUUGGUAGCGGCGCACACAGCUCGAAAGCGCAGUCGGCCUCUGCUACCAGCACGAAUUGGAGGCGCGUGCCGUCUGCAAUGCUAGAAAGUGGGUCGCACAGCACAGCGUCGACUUCUUCACGCCGCUACGUACCUCCUCAUCUUCGAGGCUCGCAGGACGAGCUUGUUGCCGGUUUUUCUGCGCCUGCAAGCAGGGCAAAUUUUGGUGCUGAGAGCGUUGAGCAGGCAGUCAGAGCGCAGCCGAGAGAUGCGGUAUCGGAUUCGGUCUCUAGUGAGAGCGGGCCAGUCAAAGCAGCCAAUGGAGCUCGCGCAGCAGCUCGGACAAGCAUGCUCGCAAAGCUCGGCCAACGAUCUGCUUCGCCUGCUCCCGCUUCUUCCUCCGCUUCUUGAUUAUGCUGUUCUGCGUCUCAAAAGGACCUUUUCACCUCAUGACAUGCAUGUAUUGGCUUCCGCACUGCUAAAUCAAUCGCUGCUAUGCUGUCGCCGACUCUAGGGAUGUACUUGGCUUUUGCGUCAUCAAAUGUCAUUUGCUGCUCAUCGAGAUGCCCAAACACAUUAAGCCAGCUUUGAUCGAGUGCAGAGUGGGCAGACGAUAUGUUUUCAAGGGUACCAUCGGUGGGGAGGUGAGGAAUUAUGAUACAUCAAGUGUGAGGCUCAUUUUCAGCUUUUUGAGCAGGCUCUAGGAUUUCCUUGAUCAGAUUCUCGACCGUAGAAGCAGCCUGCGUA